AUGGCGCGAUUGAGUCUGCGGCGGCGAGUCGGGGAGACGGGGGGGAGAGAACACGGGACACGCGGACCGGACUCGGAGAGGCGGCCUUUUUGGGCUCUCUUCUCCUUCUCUGCCUUGCGGCGCCCCGGCAGGAGUAAGUCAGACAAGAAGCGCAUCUUCGUCCCCGCGGACAAACGCGCCUCGAUCUCCUCCGAGGUCACCCGUGCCACUCUCGACGACUCCUGGCUGAGUCGGCGCCCCUCGUCCGCGUCCUCUGCCUCCUCGUCCUCUUUCUCCUGCGCGGGCUCUGCUUCCGGCGCCGACGUCCCCAUCGCCGCGACGUCGUCGCCGCAUGCUCCUGGAGUGGAGGAGGGGGCUGCGGAUGCUUCCCCUCCCCCCUGCUCCCUCGCCUCUUCGCCUCUGCCCAAUUUACCGACAGCGAGCGCCUCUUCACAGGCCUCUCCCCGUGUCUCUGCUGUCGUCUCGCAUGCGGCAGCUUCCUUUCCGCAUGCGGCCGCCUCGGAGUCGUGCUCUUCGCGCGCGUCCGCUCUCUCCCUCGGUGCUGUCUCUGUGUCUGCGGCUCCAGGCUCCGUUCCCUCUGGCGUCGCAGCCUUUCUCGCCUCUCCUUCGCCCAUGACUCCGUCGUCGCCCUCCGCGCCCUCGCGAGCGCCUUCACCUGCCGAUAGGGGCGCCGGCGUGAGGAGAGAAGGCGAUCGGAAGCGCGGUGAGCGAAAAAAGCGCGGCUUCAUUCCCGCGCCUCCUUCCUCGUCGCCCUCGGCGGCGCGUCCCCACGGUCGUUCGCUGGGUUCUCUGGAGGGAUCUGCCUUUCCGCGUCCUUCGGGCUCGCGCCCGGUCUCCGCCGCGCACCGCUGCCGUGCCUCCUCGCCUUCCACGCGUUUCCUGCAGUCGCCGGCCGCCGGUGGGCGCGUGGCGUGGAGGCAGAAAAUCCACACCGGAAGUGCAGAAGACCGUGGACGAGACGCCAGGCGCGAGAGAGAGCGGAGGGCGACGCAGCGUGCAUGGGACAUCCUGCAUGCGUGCGCCUUCAGAGGGAUGAAGCGGCGCCUUUUCCUCGGUCUUCUUGUCGCGUCGGGCCUGGUCGUCUUUUACGUUUUGCGAGGAAUUUCUUCCGAGACUUUGAUAUCGUCUGCGCCCUUCUCGACGGCAGCACUGCUCGUCAGCGCCUGGACGCGCGUCGUCGCCUUCUCGCUCUUUGAAGUUUUUUCUGCUGCUGCACAGCUCUUUUCUUCUCCGGAUUCGCUCUCCGGAGCCCGCCUCCGUGCCUCAGGCGCCCUCCCACUAUCUCUCUCUCAACAUGUGGUGCGCCCCUUCUCGCCCUGGUCUGCGUCGCUUUCUGUCCCGCAGACCGCGCUCUUCACCGCAUGCCUCGGCGUCGUGGUUAUUUCGCUUGUGGCGGGCGCCCUCCGCGCGAGACGCUCGCUCGUCGUGGCGCGGCGGCCGCGACGGAGGCCGAGCUUCAGUGCCGGGCUCGACGCGGGCGAACGAGGGGACACGCCCGCGACGCACGGCAGAGCGAGGAGAGAGGGGGAAGCAGGAAGCGUCUCGACAGCGCCCAGAGCCCAGGCACUUCUCGGACGGCGCGAGCGACACACAGCGGAGAUACCCGCCGAGGCAGACAGAGAGGAAGACGAGGGGAGCGAAGACGAGAGAGAAGAUGGUCCGACCGCCGUCCGCCGCGGACAGAACGGCGCAGGCCGGCGGGGGCGUCCGCAGCUUCCGUAUCGACGACAGGCGGGAGCAGACGAGACGAUUAUGGCUCUCGGUCUCAGAGGAGACAGAGAGAGGCUAGGCAGAAGAAAGCGAUUCAUUCCCGCGGUGGACGCUCAGGCGGGCUGGCGGGAAUUCUUAAAGGCGCUAGAAGGCGAAAAGAUAUCUCCGCGGAGCGGCGCCGCAUCUAAAGGGCGAGACGCUGAGGGCUUGUCCACGCACACGCACCGUUCGCGGCGCGAGGCGCUGAACCCUCAGACGGCCGAGGCGGAGACAGCGUCUCCAGGCCUCGGCGACACCCGGCACGCCUCGGCCCAUGCCUCGGCGGCCUCUGCCGCCUUUCGGGAUUCUUCGGCUCCUUCUUUCUCGUCGUCGCUGUCCGUAGCGGCUCUGCAGGAGGGCGCAGGCGCGGUGCUCGACUCGCUGCUGGACGCGGUUGCCUCGGAGCUCCUGCGUCCGUGCGUCGCGACCUUGACAGCGCUGUGGAAUGCGCCUCAGUUGAUCGGUGUACAUACACUCGAAGCCCUGGGCGACGGCGAGCGACCCUCCGAAGCCGGGCGCCAGCAGACCCGCGAGCCAGGUGAGAAGGAGGGUGAACGCAGCCGCCCAGGCAGCGGCGACGCAGCCAACGAGGACGAACCCGAGCCACGCGCAGGAGGAGAGAGCCGAGUCACGGCAGCGGCGGCCUGCGCGACGCCGAUUCUUCCCGUGGGGGAGGUGGAGGCGCGCAACUCAACCGCAGAGCGUUUCUGGUUACACUGGCGCGUGGGCGAGCAUCAAGCCACGCGCUUUCUCGAGGCGGCGAUGCAGCCUCUGCGAGCUCUUACCUGUUCCGCCUUUUCUGCCGAGCCCCUGGAGGCCGGUCUCUCUUCCCCCCCUCUCGCCGACGCCUGUGCCUCCACUUCCGCUUUGCUGUCGUGGCCUCUGCUCGAUUCUCUUCGUCCUGCGACACCUUGUACACCGCCGAGCUCCAUGAAUGCAUCUUCUCCUCCCUCGUCGGACUCGCGCGCGCGUUUGGCGAGCUCCUCUUCUUCUCGCGCUCAGUCUUCCCCCAGUUUCGGCUCGUUUUCCUCGGGCUCCUUGGCGUCGCUCUCUGCCUCUUCGGCUCUUUUCUUCGAGGGUCUCUCCUUCCUCCACGCCCGCGGGGUGAACGACCGAGAGACUUCCGACCUCGCUCUCGGCGAAGAGUAUCAGGAGCAUCUCCGUCGUCUGUGGAAGCCGGGAAGUGCAAGCUCCGCGUUGCCCCUCUCAGGUGAUUCACACAGCUCGCGCCGGUGGCCGUCGUCUUUCUCUUCCGUCGCGCCUCGCAUCCCUGCGCAGGCGCUCUCUGCGUUCGCUGUUGGAGUGUCUUCGGCGCCGGGCGGUUUAGGGCUCUCCCCUUGCUCCGUCGCUCCUCCCCAGUCCUCCUCCGCCUCCUCUGGGCUCCUGCGUUUGGCCUCCGACCGGUCUUCGACGGCGCGGGGGCCUGCGCCUGCCCGCGGGGCCCCACCGCACGCGGCCUCGCCGUCGCCUCCGCCGGCUCCCUGCGCUCCUUCCGGCGCUGCGCCUCCGGAAGCGUCUCGUGGGGAGCUCGCGUCCUGUGCGCCGUCGCCUGCCGCCGCGCCGUCCGCGCCUGGCCCUGAGGCCUCGCCCUGCUACUGUUAUGUCUGGACUCCGGGGUCUCGGACGGAGCACAUGAGCUUGGCGCCCGGCGCCUUCUCUGCUACUCCGGCUUCUGCGUCGACUUCACUGGCCGCCCCGCCCCCUGCUGCCUUGCUCCCACUGCCGCCUCGCGCCUCGUCAUCUGCUUGCUCCACAUCGGCUGGCUCGUCUGCCUCGCCGCCGCGCCAUGCUCCCACGUCUUCUCCGGCGCGCUGUCCGCCCAAGCCCGCUGCCUCCGCGGCGCUCGCUGCGCCCUCUCAAGCGUCGUUCGCCUCCGCGGGAGAAUGGGCGCGAAGUGGAGGCCGAUGUGAGCAAGAGGAAGCGGAGACGAGGCAAGACAGCUGCGGAGCCACGCGAGCGGAAGACGCAGCAGACGCUGCGCAGAGGUGCCUGCGGACGACGGCGACAGACAGACGCUGGAGCAUGGCAAGUGAAAGUUGCGGCACAUCACUAGGAGGAGAAGAAAAUACGACCGAGGAGCGUCUGGGAGAGGCGGCGCGCGAGAAGGAAGCGGAGAGGGAGGGAACGUGUGGAACGUGUGGCGGCGCAGGGCGAAGCACGUGGCAGACGGAUGGCGGCGCGCUCGGGUACAGCACAUCGCUCGCGCGCUCUUUGACUGCGCCGACCCCUCUCGAAGGCGUGGAGGCGGAAGACGCGGGAGAGAAAGAGACGUCUGCGGGCUUCGAUGGGCUCUGCAGUAACUGCCGACACGCUGCGCCCGGGGAUCUCUCUCCUCCGGUGUCUUCGUGUUCGACCUCGAGCCGCAGCGGCGCCGAGGCCGUGCGGACGACUUCGCGAUUCCUCUGUGUCCCUCCGCGCGAGGCCGCGCAGCCCGCGGCGAGGAGGCUGCGGCUGCAAAAAAAGAGAAAACGCGGAAGAGUGACUGUGCCCGCAGGGAAAGCCUCCAGAGCGGCUACGGGCCAGAAGGAGACUAACCAGGCGCGAGCAGAGCAUCGACACAAGAAGAGAGAUCGAAGCUGCACACGAGGAAGCGCGCAGAGCGGGAGGCGACACGCCGAGCAGAGUAGCAGGCUCUUCCUAGCUGCGAGGGCGGGGCGGAGUGGAAGGCGAGCUGCAGAGUCGGGCGAAGUCGGGGUGGAGGCCGCACCCGCGCGACCUGAAGCGCAGGAGGGAGAGACGCAAGGGCGGGAGGGACGCGAAACCCUCCGAGCAGAAGACGAGGCGGAGGCCUGCAGGCCUUCGACGUCUACGGGCUCGAGCCUCGCAGGCGGAACGACGCAAGGCAAUUCUCUCCGUCCCUCGGAUCCUUCCGCAAGCGCGCAUCCCGCCUCGCUUCUCAGCGGAUGCGCGUCGCUUCGGUCGUCUCUCUCCCCAGCGCCCCCUCGUCUUUUGCCUGCCCAACCCUGGCUCGCUUCCUUGCCGCGGGCUGCUCCCUCUCAAGCUCCUCCUGCGUCCUUGCCUUUCUCGUCUCUCUGGUCUUUCUCGUCUCUUCCCUCUGCAUUCGCCGCUGCUGGGCCUCCGGCCUCGCCGCGAGCCCGCGGCCACCCCCCCGCUGGAGGCGACCUGGAGCCCAGGGUGUCUCUGGAGGCGCGAGCCGCGGCUGUGGCGACUGGAGCGGCGCGCUGGGCUUCCGCCGGCGCGGAACACCCUUCUCAGCCUUCUGCCCUCCACCUGGAGCGGCUUCUCCAUCCGUCCGCGCAGUGGAUAACCGAGCUGCUUCUGGGCAUGCUACCAGCGGAAACUCUGACGCCCGAGGCCUGUGACGGGUACAGCCAGCGGCGGAGACAGGAUAAGCAACGCUCUCUCUCCGCUCCCACCGCCGCGAACUCAGAGAUGAGGCACGAGGAGGGAGGCGCCGAUGCGCUGGGCGGAAAGAAAGAACGACUCGCGGGACUCGAGGGAGAAGACCAGGCACUCUUCGACUGCCGAAUCUGCAUGACGGAAUACGAGCCCGGAGAGACGAUUCGCUGGCUGCCGUGCCUGCACGCCUUCCACACGCGCUGCCUUGCGCGCUGGCUUCAGGAGAAACACAGCUGCCCGCUGUGUCGCCUCAACCUUGCUCUCAGUUUUGAACCGGGGGGUUUCGGCUACGUCGUGGAGCCGCUGAGCUUUCCGCAGCUCUCCUAG